AUAACAGGAUAUUAAGAAAGAGAGCGAUAAUGACAGAUAGAAAAAUUAAAAUGAAAAACAUUCUGAGUGGAAGAACUUAGUAAAAGAUUCUGCAUAGGAGUAAUGAGCAAAAAUAUACAAGAAUGAUAAAAAGGAUCAGUAAGGAAGUGCAGUGAGAAGGGUUUAAUCAGCUGCAUGGGAAUAGAGGGUUUGAGACAGGUAAGAGACAACUGGAUGGAAGAAUAAAGUAAAGAACAUAGGAGAAAGAAGGAACGACUACAGUGGACAAGACAGGCAAAUGCUGCCACCUACCUUGGAACCCUGCUGAAUCACUAGCUGUCUGGACCCCUACCAUGUCCAUCUCCUGUGAGAAUGCAACAAGAGUACACGAGAAUAGCCACCCUGCAAUCAGCACCCUGAUGUUUGCUGCAGGGGUACUGGGCAAUCUUUUAGCUCUGGGCAUUCUAGGUGUGCAUCGUAGAGAAAGGAGAGCCCGCGCAUCACCAUUCUGGGUUCUAGUGACUGGUCUGGCAGUGACUGACCUCCUGGGCACUUGUAUACUAAGCCCUGUGGUCUUUGUUUCUUACGCUCAACAGUCAUCCAUCCUGACACUCGGAGCAGCACCUCUUUGCCAUCUUUUUGCUUUUGCCAUGACCUUCUUCAGUUUAGCUUCUAUGAUGCUCCUCUUUUGUAUGGCCCUGGAGCGGUGUCUGGCAAUCAGUCAUCCCUAUGUGUAUGCUCAACAUGCCUGGGGACACCGUCUGGCCCAUGUUGCCAUUCCUGCUUCCUAUGUUCUGGGAGCCCUACUCUGUGCUCUGCCUCUGGUCGGAGUAGGAGAACAUAAACAGUAUUGUCCAGGCACUUGGUGUUUCAUCAGAAUGACAGUACCAGAACACAGCGAGAGUGGAGCACUAGCCUUUUCCUUGCUUUAUGCCAGUCUCACGGGGCUUCUCAUUGUGGCCAUAGUUAUUUGCAAUACCUCAGUAACUGCCAGCCUUUGCCAAAUGUGGAAGGGACAGAAGGCUCGAAGAGGGUCCUUGCGCAGAUGUGGGGCUCGUGGCUGGCUUCUGGGAGCAGGAGAGGAGGAGUUGGAACAUUUAAUCCUCUUAGCACUGAUGACAAUUAUUUUCAUGGUUUGCUCUGUACCCUUAACGCUGCGUGCUUUUCUAGGUGCACUUUAUGAAGAUGAUAAUGAAUCAGCGGAUCUAUUGGCAUUUCGAUUCAGUGCCCUUAACCCCAUCCUAGACCCAUGGAUCUUCAUUAUCUUCCGAGGAUCUGUAUUCAGAAAACUCCGUUCCAUACUUUGCUCUGGAUGGAGCCACACUAACAAACCAAAAAGUGUCACUAGCUUCCUGGAACCAUCAAGCCCAGGAUUCAUACCAAGAUCACCAGAACUGCUACAGGUGGGAGACACGUGUUGUGUGGGGAAUCUUAUAAAAGAAAGAGAUUCUGAAAGAGAAGGCAUGGGCGAACGUGAGGCUGCUUUAUUUCCUCCAUCAAAAUAAGAUUGUUGGAAACACUACAGUUAGCAAGAGAACUGAAAAAAAGAGACUUUUACCUAAAGGGGCUGCAAUAGUGAAAGGCACGGACUUGUAUGCAAAAAAGGACUUUCUACUGAUAAAAUCUCAGAUACAUUUAGAAGACAUUUUAUGCCCUUUUGUAACCCAGACUUAACCAAUGUGGUUGUAAUAUAAAGAUUUAAACCAGUACAGCUUUUGGGAGCAUCUCAAAAAAGGAGAAAACCCUGGUUAAACAGGACAAAUGCAAACCCAUUAUCCAUUAGACCACUGGUGUUAAAGGGGUACUGUCAUGGGAAAAAAUUU